AUGCUCAAGUUCGACCAUUUCUUCCAAGAUUUGUGCAGCGAGGGACGGCCCGACCCAACUGUUGAGUUCAACGACGAGUGGACAUACUACGUCGUGGACUUUCAGGGGUGGUCUCGUCGAAGGAUUCCCCUCUGCGUAGCACGGGAGUAUUAUGUCCGCUUUGGUUCCAACGUGGGUCAUGAGGCGGCCGGCACUAUGGUCCUCUUUCGCCGCUGGGAACCCCUGAACAAUUUCGCUACGUCAUCGCAACCGACGGAGUCGAUGGAGGUCGAAGGGAACAUCAGUAUGGUACGAGAUUCCUUGGAAAUCAGAGAACUCCACAGGUCUAAGCACACACCGGUUCAUAACGCUAUUUGUGACUGGGAGGGACAACCGACUUCUUCAAGAGCUUUUUCUCAGACACAUUACAAUCGCGGGCGCAACCGUGAACGAGGACGAAACAGAGCCUCCUCUACGGGUCGACGAUGGCUGAGACAAAUGACGAAUGCGGACGUUCCAUCUGAAGGUGGUAGUCAGUCGGAGCUUCGAUCCUCCCCUAGUUAUUCAUCAAAAGGGCAUGGGAGCAAUACACCUUCUCGUUCAAGCUCUCGCGCAGGGACCAGGAAUAGGUCCGCAUCCCCAGGACUUCGAACCUACCAACCUCGCAGAGGGACUUCCCCCUCUCUUCGUCGACACGCGAUUGACAAUAUCGUAGAGGCUGGAGCAAUCAUCACCUAUGUGGGAUCCGUCUGGGAGGCGCCUGCUGGACUGGAAUGGAACGUUACUUUUCAUCAGGAGAGUAUUAUUCUAUUUCCGGACACUCGGACACUCACCAGAUUGAAGUACUGGGCUGUAACUAGUUCAGAGAUCUCACACACGCGUCACCUCCUCGACCUCGCCAUCGCUCGGAACAUGUGUUUCAUCAUGGCCACGAGAAUUAGCGACUUGAAGUCAUUCAGGCCCAUCAUGACUCCAGACUUAGCUGAACUCACGAAGAGAACAUACGAAGCUGGCUUCCAAGAAGAACACUUAAAGGACGUCAACGGAGGCGCCGCAUUCCGAGAUCACUUGGAUUGCAAAGCGAUACGGCGGAUCGGCCUUGGUUCAACGAUUCAUGGAUGGACUACUCAAGUAACUGUGCAUCACCGUGGAGCGGUUACCUCUUCCCCUUUCUUCGACGACCCUCUUUUUCAUGACCAAAUGUCGGCGCAAGAAGAGAACCUCGUACACGGUUUCGUAUCUGCAGAGAAUUCAGACUAUCAUCGUUGGCUCUUUCCGACAACGGAGAUUAUGGAGGACUUUUGUGAUCAUUGGAGCGGUGAAUGGACAGAAGGCUGCGACCUCAUCUUUCAUAACAUUGCCAAAGCGCUCGAACGUGGGACGGCAAAGCCUUUGACACGUAAAGGCUGGAAGUCGUAUUUGCACAGUACAAACCACGGUACGCGUCGACCGACAGUAACGCUCAACUCGUCGCACUUCACGAGAGUGGAUGAACUUCUAUCAGUCUUUCCUGACCCCUGGCAUGGGAGGUGCAUCGCAGACAUUUCCAUCCCUUCACAGAUGUAA